AAUCACAACAUUUCUGCGCUCAAAAGGAUCCGCCCACCGUUCUUAUGUGACUGAGUCGCAUGCUGACGUUUAGCUCAGAACUUAUUUGAGGAGGACGAGGUGACUCACCUGCACUGCAUUUCACCUGGAAGGUGAUUAUAAGAGACUGCUGUUAAAGUUCCCAUAUAAGAAGAUCUAUUUAGCGUUUCCCAUGAUGGCAGAACACGGUGACCCUUGCACUGGGUCCGAAGCCAACUUUUGCAUGAAUGGAGGAACAUGCUUUAAAAUACCUUCUGUGUCAACCCCCACCUGUGUCUGCAGUGCGCACUAUGAGGGCAGCAGAUGUGAGCAGUAUCAGCUGUUCAGUUUCUCACACAGCAGUGAGGAGAAGGGCAUGGUCGCUGCUGUGGUCAUCAUGGUCCUGCUCAUUUUAGCGGUGCUUGGGGUGGUCAUCUAUUACAUCUACAAAAUUAAGAAAAAUACCCAGAGCCAACCAAAACCUGAGGGAUAUAAGAGAGGCAAAUCAAGUGCGAACUCUCAAACAGUGUGAAUCGACUUUUGAUGCAUGUGAACUCGACAUUGGCUUGAUG